CCUGCUUCGGCCACACUUCGCUUGACAUAAUCAGAAUGUAAACAAUUAGUGACUAAAUUCUAAAUAAAGCGCGACAAUUCCCUGUGGGACACAGAAACUCAAUUAGAAGACAAUGUCGCAAACGAAGAACGGGGACUCCCCGAAAAAACACAAGCUUCAGAAUGAAUGGACCCUCUGGCAAGUGGAGUACGAUCCCGCAAGGUCGUGGGAGGAUAUGUUAAAAAAGGUCGACACCUUCGGCACCGUCGAGGACUUUUGGAACCUGUACUUCCGCUUCGACCCGCCCUCGAAGCUCACAAGGGGCAGCGAUUAUAUGCUCUUCAAGAAGCAUAUACCGCCCAUGUGGGAGGACCCGGCGAAUAGCCAGGGCGGUCGCUGGUUGGUCUGUCUUCCAAAGAGCAGCACAGACGAUCUGGACAUCAUUUGGCUGGACGUUAUCCUGUGCCUCAUUGGCGAGGCCUGCGAAAACUACGAUCACAUCUGUGGAGCUCUCGUUAGGAUUCGCAAGAAAGUCAAUAAGGUCGCCAUUUGGACAAAGGACGGCACAGAUUCGGAGGCCAUCCAAGAGAUUGGUAACAAACUGCGCGACGUCGUACGCUUCAAAAGCAACCAGACUCUGCAGUACCGGGAGCACAUAAAAGAGUUUCAUAUUUUAAAGAUUGAUUGAUUUAUUUUCGCAGAAUUUAUAUAUUUGUGAUCCCUGCUCUGUACAUAUCUCAAAUUUUAACUUCUUAAUUGAUAUAAGGAAUUUAUAUUUGUAAAGAUAAUAGUCAUUUAUUUGUGUCCCAUAAUUAAUGUAAAACUCAACCUACACACAAUCCCAAGCACUCUUUCAAUUUUCAUCCCUUAACAUUUUCAAAUACAGCUAACAAUAAAACCAAAAGCCGAAUGAACUUUAGUAAUCUCAAA